AUGGUACAGGGUGUCGUGACUACUAUCAGCAAGCCCGACCGUUUCAAUGGCGUUUAUCACUGUUGCAUGCACCCUUAUUGUCUUGGCCAGCGUCUGGAUCGUGAAGCAACGAUAUCAGGCCACAAGGCGGUUGUCAUUACCGCCUGGACCGCCUGGACAUUGGCUUUUGGAAAUACGAUGCCAGAGUCAUAUGGUGCCGUUUCAAUUCGCGAGGUGGACAGAACAAUACUGGACCCGUGUUCUCGCUCAAACAAGGCCAUAGGAUUUUCGCAUGAAGUGGGUCUCGUCAUAGGCUGCGGUGGAUAUCAUGGAAAAAGAGGGAGCAAAUCUCGCAUGACCGCCCAGCGUUCUAUUGCAGUGCAAGAGACAUUAUCUGGCGGGAUGAGAAUGCUCCUUGAGGGCAGUGGUGACAGAUUGCGCCGGCUGCGCAGGGUCUUGCAUGCAGGCUUGCAACCCAGGGUUGCGGAGACAUAUGAGCCCAUCCAGGCUAGAAAUUCAAAAAAUCUGGUUCUAGAUAUAUUGAAUGAUCCAAAGAAUCACCAGCGUCAUGCCAUGCGUUAUGCAGCUUCCGUCGUCAUGUCCUUCACCUAUGGAAAAACUACUCCGACUUCGUACACAGACCCUGAAAUUGUUGCCGUCCAUAAAUCCCUUGCGCGUUUAGGUCAAGCCGUGAAGCCGGGAGCAUACCUCGUGGAUACGCAUGGCACCAAGAAGAUCUUGCCUCUCUUUAACGGGCAGUUGGACGUGGUGCGAAGGCAGAUGGUUUGUGAUUUUGCCGUUCUGACAGAUGUCCUCGCUCACCCUAAACAGUACCAGCUCGAAGAUAAGGAACUGGCAUACAUUGCAGGAGGAAUGUUUUCGGCCGGUUCUGAUUCGACUGCGUCUGCAAUCACAGUUAUGAUGAUGGCCGCUACCAUUCACACGGACGCACAGGCUCGCGUACAAGAGGAACUUGAUAACGUCGUGGGGCUGCCGACAUUUGGUGAUCAGGAAAUGCUGCCGCAGGUUACCGCGUUCAUACUCGAGAGCAUGAGGUGGAGACCUGUCAGCCUUGGAGGCUUUCCGCAUUGCGCAACCAAGGACAUAAUUUGGAAUAACUACCUCAUUCCUGCAGGUGCGAUUGUCAUUGGCAACCAUUGGGCUAUCGCAAACGAUCCCGAGGUCUUCCCAGAACCGCACAAGUUCAAUCCUCAGCGUUGGAUUGACGAUGCAGGUCGUGUGCGCGAUGAUCUCCGGUUUUUCACUUUUGGCUUUGGUCGCCGAGUCUGUCCCGGUCAACAUGUCGCAAAUCGGUCUAUCUUCAUUAACACGGCUCUUAUUCUCUGGGCUUUCCGUCUUUCUGAGAAUCCUGCAGCAAAGAUUGACACGCUUGCUUUCUCGGAUGCUGCGACUAUACAUGCUGCUCCGUUUGAAAUAUGUUUUGAGAAGAGGAUCGAUGAGAAUUUGAUCAGGGAACUGUGCGCACCUGGGGAGUAA